AUGGUAUAAUACUCAACCUCAAGUUCUCGUUCAUAUAUUUAUAAUUAAGCUUUUAAUUAUUAAGUUGGAAGUUGGUUUUUCAUUGGAAUAUCAUAUGAAUUAGAUACAGGGUACAUAAGUUUUUUCGCUUGGUAACCUAGCAAAGAUUUAGUUUUAAAAACAUUAAGAAUCUCAUUAGGUUCAGGUUUUCAUUCUAAUUUUGACGCAAGUACGCUUUUAUAAAUACUAUAUUGGGGUAAUUAUAAAAGAUUUUGUGGAAGUAUAGAUAAAUUUAUUUACUUUCCUUAAUAUUCUUUUUAGAAUGAACUUUAAUGGUAUAACUAUGCCUUGGUUGAUAAUUAACUUAAAUUUUAAUAAUUAUUUUAUUAUAGAUUUGAAGUUGCAAAUAGUCAAAUAGUAUCAGAUUUUGGAAAUAAACUUUAAAAAAAUGAUUUAGAUAUUAAAUCAUUAGCUAUUACUCCAUAAAAAGGAUUGGAAUUAGAAAAAUCAGUAUUUUUAAGUAUAAAUGACUUUGCUUGGAAUAAUUAAAAAGCUUUUGUUAUUUCUUUUUGGAUAAUAAUACCUACUGGCUUUUAAAUAAAUAGUGGCGAAUUAGUUUUAUUUUCAAAGUUAACAAAAAAAACUUUAUUUUAAGUAUUAGUAUAUAUACCAUUAUCAAAUCCUAAAGCAUUUUCGAUUAAAAUAAAAUUAAAUAAUAAUCAAUAUUCAGAUGAUUCCAUAAAUUUUACUAUCGGAAACACUCCUUUUUAAGUGUAAAUAUCUUUAGCAUUGCCUGACUCAGGCUUUGGAUAUAACGAAAAAUAUGUACUAAAAGUGGAUUAUAGCGGAGGAAAGACAAGUGGCUAUAUUUAUUAUAGUGUAGGUACAGAUAACUUUUGGGAUGAAACCGAAUAAGUAUCAACUUAAAUAGGUUCCAGUUCUAACGACUUUACUGGAAAAAUAUAUAUUUCACAUCUUAAGUUAAUUGAAGGAUUUUAACUUUUUAUAGGAAAUAUAAAUACUGAUUGUAUGUAGAAUUGUAGCUCAACUUUUGCAACUUUUGGUUAUAUUUAAUGCUUGAGAUGUUCAUAUACUUAUUUUGAAUAAAACGGAUAAUGUUUUUCUUCAUGUCCAAGUUCUUUGUAUGGUAUGAAUAAUACGCCUUUUAGAACCUGCUCGUUAUGUGAUGCUGCUUGCUAAAAAUGCACAGGAGCUUUUUCAACAGCUGUUUCUCCGCUUCCUGUUACUGAUACUAUUAAUUGUACAGCUUGUACUGCAAAUUAUUUUAUAGAAUCUUCUAAUAUGUGUGUUGCUACUUGUACUGCUACUAAAGUUGGAAAUACAAAAACUUAAACAUGUACUUUAUGUGGCAAUGGAAAUAUGGAUAUAGGUGAGAAUUGUGAUGAUUAAAAUUUUAAUGAUAAUGAUGGAUGUACUAAUUGCUAAAUUGAUUUUGGAUAUGUUUGCGAUAAUUCAACUCCUCCUAGUGUUUGUACUUUAAAAUGUGGUAAUGGUAAAAGAACAGUAGAUGAAGAAUGUGAUGAUGGUAACUAUAUAAAUAAUGAUGGAUGCACUAACUGUAUUAUUGAUCCAGGUUAUUAAUGUACUGGAGGUACACCUACUACUAGCGAUACUUGCAUUAAAUUAUGUGGAAACGGAAUAUAAGAUUCUUUUGAGGAGUGUGAUGAUGGAAAUUAAAUAGCAGGAGACGGAUGUACAAAUUGCACUGUCGAUAUAGGAUUUUAAUGUAUUGGUUUUGGCAUAGGCACAUGUGUAAAAUUAUGUGGUGACUUAAAAAGAGAUUAAUAUGAAUAAUGUGAUGUCGGUCCAUCUGCAAAUGCAAUAAGUUAAGCUGGUUGUUAAAAUUGUAAAAUAACAAUUGGCUAUUCAUGUACUGGAGGAUCAAAUACUUCAAAUGACGUUUGUACAAAAUUGUGUGGAAAUGGUGUAAGAGACAUAGGAGAAGAAUGUGAUGACGGUAACACAUUAAGUGGUGACGGUUGUUCAUCAGAUUGCGAAAUCGAAUAGGAUUAUUAUUGUGAAAAUGGUUCAAUUACAAGUAAAGACAUAUGUACAGCUCUUUUAGCAAUAUGUGGAGAUGGUAGAAGGCAUUCUACAGAAUAAUGCGAUGAUGAAAAGCAAAGUUUAGGCUGUUAAACUUGCUAAAUAACAAAAGGAUAUGAAUGUAAAGGAGGAACCACAAAAACAGCAGACAAAUGCAAAAUUAUAUGUGGAGAUGGAAUAAAAGUAAAAUACGAAGAAUGUGAUGACGGUAAUACAAUUGCUGGGGAUGGAUGUGAUUAGAAUUGUUAAAUUGAAAGAAAUUAUGUUUGUACUCCUUCCUUAGAUGUUUUUCAAGAAAGCCCAUCUAUAUGUGAGAAUAAAUGCGGUAAUGGACAAAGAGAUUAAAAUGAAGAAUGUGAUGAUGAAAAUACAAACAACUUUGAUGGUUGCUCUGAAUUCUGUACUAUAGAAUUAGGAUUUGGUUGUGAAAAUUUUGUUGAAGGAGGUCGUGAUAAUUGCUUUAAGUGCGUAUAAAACUGUGCAAGAUGCAACGGAAAGGCUAUUGAAAAUUGCAUUUAAUGUCUUCCUGGUAACUUCAUGAAUUAAAGAACUAAUUAAUGUUAAUAAUCAUGCCCUUAAAGCUUUUAUCCAAAUCUCUUAAAUUAAUAAUGCAUUGAAUGCAAAGAGAAAAACUGUUAAACAUGUUCUUCCUCUAAAGAAAAGUCGUGUCUGAGAUGUUAUCAAAACUACCUUCUUCAUAAAGGAAAAUGUUACGAAAAUUAUUGUCCGGAAGGCUCUUUUUCUUUUUUGAACCCUUUAAUUGGACUAGAAUGUAAAAUAUGUAAAUUUCCAUGCGCCAUUUGUGGUUCAGAAAGUGAUUGUUUUGAAUGUACUGAUUUGUAUUAUUUAGAAAAAAAAACAGGUAGUUGUGAAUUAUGUAAUAUGGAUUCAAAAUGCUUAUAAUGUACUUUCGAAGAAAAAUUAUGUACGAAAUGUACUUUAGGUUAUUAUCCUGAAAAAGACGCUUGCUUAGAAAUUCGAGAAGCAUGUGGAGAUGGAUACUAUCAUUUAAAAGAAGAAUGUGAUGACGGUAAUAAUACGAAUGGAGAUGGAUGUAGCUCUGAAUGUAAAAUAGAAACAGGAUUUAAAUGUAAAUUAUUAAAAAAUGAAGGUCCUUUUUAAUGUUUUGAAAAUAGAAUGACUUUAGUUUAUUUAAAAUAAUCGAAAACAUCAUAUUCUAAUAUGUAUAUAGUUUUUGAAAGAAUUUUGAAAAAAAAGCCUUCUAAGUUGGAUUCUGUAAUUGACAUAUAAUUAAAAAUAGAAAACUUAAAUCAAAAACUUUACAAUUAUACAGCUUUUUUCAUCUCUAACAAUACCAUUCGAGUUGAAUUUUAAUUCUAAAACACAAUUCGAAAUAAAAAAAUCGCACUUAAUUUUGGGGAAUACUUCUAAUCUAUUGUCACUGAUGCUCAUGGAUAUUAAUGGGAUGGAAACUUUAAACCUGUAUAAAGUGAUAUGUCUUAUUUUAUAAAAUAUACAUCAGACGAAGUUAAAUAAGCGGAAAGUGUUGCCAUUUCAUUUGUUGUAUUAUCCCUUUUGGCUAUAACUGGGGUUUCUAUUGGCUACAUUUAUAAUUUUGGGUAAGGAAGGAUUUAUAAAUUUGUCGAGAUUCUUCAAAGUAUUGGACUUUUGAGAUUUUUGAAUGUUCGACAUGACAUAUUAGCUUAAAAAAUGUUCUUUUAUAUAGAUUUAAUAUAUAAUAUGAGAGCCAUGUAUAAUCCAUUGAUAAAAGCUGGAAAUAAUAAAAUAAUUUCUAACGAGUAAAUUAAUAAUUAUAUUUUUGUAAGAUAAGAAAUACUUAAUUUAAAUUUCCUUUAAAAUGCUUUUGGUACUGCCCUUUUGAUAUUCGCAAUCAUGUUUUUUAUACAAAUUCUAAAUUAUAUAAUUUUAAAAGUAGUUAAAAAUGAAAAAGUUAACUAUUUAUCUGAAAGCUUUCAUAAACAUAUGAAGUUUAGUGGAUAUUUAAGAAUGUUUGAAUGGCUUUUUUAUUAUUUUUUAGUUAGUUUUUUUGCCUUUUUUUAAUAAAACUCCUUCUUUUCAAAUUAAUUAGAAAUAGCUAGUUUUUCUAUUUGCGUAUUAUUUAUGAUUUUUUUAAUUUUCAUCACAUUUUUUUUGUUUAAAAAAGUAAUACUUUAUAAAAAUAUAAGUUAGAGAACUGAUUACUUUGAAAAAUUUAAAUGUAUUUUUGAUGGAAUUUAAUUUGAUAUUCUAAAAGCAAGAGUUUAUAUAUUUUUUCCUUACUUUUUGAAAAUUCUUUAUGUCAUUUUUAUUUUAUUUUUAUAUGAAUUCCCAACAAUAUAGAUUUUUAUGUGCAUUUUCUGUAGGCUAUUAAACAUUAUUUUAGUUUUUACACUCAAUCCUUUUCAUUUUCCCUUUAUUAAAUUAAAAGAAGUUGCUUCGGAAAUGUUUCUUAUUGUUUUUUUAGCCAUCUAAUUCUUUGCAAUAGAUGAAAAUACACUAUAAUCUACUCAAAGAAUUACUUCUAUAUCACUUAUUGUGCUUUUAUAUAUAUUUGUAUUGGGUUAUUGUUUUACUAUUCUAUGGACUUUCAUUUAAGAUGAUAUUAUUUUUGAACCACAUAUGAUUGUUCCAGAUAAUUUCAAUCCUAAUGAUUGGAUAGAAAAAAAACAAAGCAACAAAGUAUUUCCUAUCCCUUAAAAUGAUAUUCAUUAAUAAUAAGACGAAAUUAAUAAUGAUAUGCAUGAUGAUUUUGGUAAAAUUUAAUAAUUUGAUAAAAUAUAGAAAAAUGAUAGCGAAUAUAUAAAUUAAGAAUAAACUGAUAAUAACUGA